UUCGCUGAUGAUGGCCGGUAGCUUUUCUUGUGAAGCAUGAACAAAAAUAUAAUUACAAAAUGGGAGUUCAUUUGAAGACUAUUGAGAUUUGUAACUUUAAAAGUUUUCUGGGACGAUGGAACCUCUCACCGUUGAUGCCCUGGAAUGCCGUCAUCGCUCCCAAUGGAUCAGGAAAAUCUAACCUCAUUGAUGCAAUUACAUUUGGCCUGGGGGAAAAUGAGAAUAUUCAGUUGAGGAUUAACAAUCUAGAGGAGCUGGUGCCUCAGACAAACAUUCAUGAGAGUCGAACCUUCGUGAGUCUCACAUUUGCCUCUGAAGGAGAUUCAACAGUGUUCGAGAGAUCCUUGAUAAAAAACCGUGCCCACCAGAGAUAUGAGUCAUUAUACACAAUAAAUGAUGAGAUAGUGGACAUCAUGGAGUACCUUGAACAGCUAAAAGCUCUCGGGAUCAAUAUCAAGGCAAAGGAUUUCGUGGUUUAUCAGGGGAAUAUCAGUGACAUCAUCAACGCAUCCCCGCAGGAGCGAUUGAAUAUGUUGGAAAUUGCAAGUGGAUCGCUCGCGUUCAAGGAUCAGUACGAUUGUUUGAUCCGAGAACGGAAGACAUUCCGUGAGAAAAUUGUCAAAGAGACUGCAAUAAAGAGGAAACUGAAGAGUGAAAUUAAUAAAUACAAAAAAGCAGCUGAAAAAUCAAGAGCAUUACAGCAACAGAGACAAGAAUUUGAAAAGGCCAAUGCCGAAUCCUAUCUUCUACAGUUGAAGAUUAUUGAGCUCAAGGAUGCAAUCCUCAAGGAAAAUACACCCUCAAAGAGUACGAGAUCACGAAUUGACGAGACAAAAAAGAAGACGAGGACUCUCAAAAAAAUGUUGGAGCAGAUGAACAAAACACAGGCCGAAUUAGUAGAAAAAUCCCAAAAGCUUGAUAAAUUGAAAACUGAGCUAUGUAAGAAGAAUAAUCAGCAGUCAGAUUAUGAAAUGGAAAUCAAGAAGCUCAAUAAAUGUCUCGAGGAUGAGGAAAAACAUCAAGAAGUUAUUAAUGAUAUCGAGGGAAGGAUUCAAGAUAAUAUGAAAUUAUUGCAAAUGUUACAUUCCGACGAGCAAGCGAAUGUCAAUGCCGCACGUGUCGCAGAAUAUGAAGAAGAGUACGAACGUUUACUGCAGGUAGUUCAACAACGGAUGGCUGGAUCUCUGGCAAUAAACGAAUCUGAGUUUCGCCAGCAACGUAAAAUUACAGCCGAAUUGGAUCUCUUGAACCAGAAGAAUCGAAAUCUUGAGAAAUUCAUUUCUGAUCAUCACAACUGUAUCACGAAAAACGAACAGAACUUGGAGAAUUAUCGACGUGAUUACCAAACUAUUCUAGAGGAAGUUAGAAAGCUGGAAAAGGAGAAGCAGGAAAAAUCGCGGUUACUGUUGUCAAGGGAGGAAUUAGACACACUGAAGGAUCGCAAGCAAAAGAUCGAGGAAAAUUUGCACAUGUUGAAAAUCUGUUCAGAAAGAAAAAGGUGGAAGGCCAAACAGAGGGCAACAAUGAAGAAACUGAAAGCAGCAUUCCCUAAAACUGUGUACGACCGUAUCGUCAACGUAUGUGAGAUUCCCCAUCAGAAGUACAAACUCGCAGUAGCAGCAGCACUCGACAAGAGCUUGGACGCGAUUAUUGUAGAGGAUGAUGCUACAGCUACAGCUUGCAUCGAAUACCUAGAGCGUGAGAAAAUAGGUUUUGAGACUUUUUACUCCAUCGAAAGUACAAGUGCCCCCGCCGUCGAUAGAAAUCUUCUAUCAAAACUCAAUUCUCCAGAAGCAAAAUUGGUUUACGACCUUCUAAAGUUCGAUCAGCAAUAUGAAUUAGUCAUUAGAAGCAUUGUAAGGUCAACAGUCUUGUGUCAGACCUUGGAAGACGCAUGGAGCGUGAUGGACAAAAUGCAGAGUUUGAGAAAAAAGUACAACGUGGUGACAUUGACAGGCGAAAUUUUGACGACGAGGUUUGUUGUGUCUGCUGGAUUCAAUGAGAGGAAGAUUCAGUCUGAAAGAAUCAAGACUGCGAGUGAGAACCAAUUGGAAGUAGAGAGACAGGGUAUCAUCGAGAAAUUAACUCAAGCUGGGGAUAGGAAGCUCGAGCUACAGAGUCAGAAAAUUAAUGGUGAACUUGAGUUGAAAUUACGCUGCUUGCACACCUUAAAAAUAUGCAUUACUGAGACUGGAAAGAAGAAUGAAAUUCUCCAGGUUGAGUUGGAAGACUUGAGGAAGCAGCAAGAACAGGUGAAAGAGAAAGCAAUCGACUGUGAGAAAAAGAAGCAAGAAUUCAUGAAGAAAGGGGCUCAUCUUCAACGAGAAAUGGAUGAACUUCGGGAAACGAUUUUUCACGAGUUUUGUCAGCAGCAGGGCAUUGACAAUAUUAAAAUAUUUGAGUCUAUGGUAGCAUCGAAAAAUAGCCGAAGUGAACGGCGGAGAAUCAUCGAGGACCAACUUUCUGAACUUGUACAGUUGAAGAAAUAUGAAGAGACAAGAUCGAAGAAAACAGAAAUACUCAAAUGGACUGAACGACUUCAAGAUCGCCUGGCCAAGCAGGAAGACCUGCAGUUAUCAUUGAACAAAUUGAAUCAGGAAAAAGAGGAAUGUGAGUCAGCUGUAACCAAACUUCAAGCGAUUUUGGAGCAGAAGAGUAAAACUGUAAGUGAAACUGAUGGACAGCGUAAGGAAUUAUUCAACAUGAGCCAUCAAAUUGACCGAAAAAUUCGCGAAGCAUCUCGUAUCAAAAAUGAAUUGAACAUGAAACGUCAAGACAUUCUUUCUUCUGCACGAUUUGCUGGUGUACCAUUGCGAGAUGUAGAAUUAGACAGUGCUUCAACAUCUCAAGAAUCCGUAGGAGACAAUACAAAGAAAUUUAACUACACACGUUUAAGACCAGAGUGGCAGAAAUCAAAGAACGUUGAUUUUCUCGAAAAAGAACUGUCAACCCUUCAGCACACGUUGGAACAAACCCGAGUGGAUGAGCACGAAAUCCCCUAUGCAGAGGAAAACUUGGAUGGUUUGAAUAGCAAGUUGAAAGGGGUCAGUACAAAAUUGGAAACUCUGAAGAAACAAGAACGUGAGCUGGGGGCGACAUUGGAGGAAGUUGUUAAGAAUAGAUCUGACGCUUUCAUUCCCUUCUUUGAUAAGGCCAUGAGUGUCAUCGACAAUAUUUGCAAGGAGAUAUACAACAGUAGCUCUGCCCAUGCUAUUCUUGCAGCAAUGAAUCCAUCUGAGCCAUAUCUCGAUGGUAUUCGCUAUGAUUGCACCCCUGCCCGAAAGAAAUAUCGUCAUGCUGAGAAACUGUCUGGUGGUGAAAAAGCUAUGGCUGGUUUAAUAUUUCUAUUUGCUCUGCAAGAGAGUCGUUCUUCAUCACUUGUCAUUCUGGAUGAAGUUGACGGGGCUCUAGAUCCCAAAUUUGUUCAGGGAUUUGUGAAUUAUUUGGCAAAGCUGAAGAGGAAACAUCAAAUCAUUAUGAUCUCGCAUAAUCCAGUGAUCAAUCAACAUGGAGAUGUAAUGAUAUGCGUCACACCAAAUGUUUCAUUUGGACAACUCGAAAGUGUACCAAUAAUGGUCGACCUCGCAGGGAAAUUUCCCAAUAGACAGUGAUAUCAUAAGAAUAUGCCAUGACAAUUCGGACCUUUUAUCUGAUUAAUUAUUAAUUGUCCUUUUGUCAUUUUAUUGAACAUUUCUUCAUUGUCAUCGACGUUUUAUUCGAUGACAGAAUGUUUUUAUUUACAGCGUUAUUUUAAUACUCUUUCAUAUUUUAUUCACAGAACUCUCGGUUAGUCAGCAAUCGAAUUCAUUUAAAUACCACAAAAAACCAUUUACCCUGCACACUUUUCGUGGGGUCAUUUUAUCAUUCAUCAAUUUAAGAAAUAGAUAAAGGGCGAAUUUAUCUCAAAAAACCACUCGUACUUGCUAAUUGCUAGUCAUAAGGUGCGAGUCAAAUUUUUAAUUGUUAUAAUUUGAUAACAUUUGUACACUGUACUGUUUUUUAUCAGCCAUUGUAUUUAAUUAUUAAGAAAAGAUGUCACAAAUUAACUCUACGUUGAUUUUCUUUUUCAUUUCCAUGCGUUACAUGGAAAAAAUAUAAUUUAAUUCCUUUUGUUUUCUUUAAUAAAAUGGAUUGAAA